GCGUGCGUGUGUGUGUGUGUGUGUGUGUGUGUGUGUGUGUGUGUGUGCGCGCGCGCGCGCGUGUGUCCCAGGGCCGGGGAGGUCCAGGGCAUCUCUCGGGGCUUCCUGGUUUUUUACCGACCAUGGUUUCCUGGGGGACCGAUGGCAGCUCGGAGUGUCGGACGCCCAGUGGAUGGGCAGUACCUUGGCUGCGAUGGAGUAGGCCGCUGCCAUUGCCUUCUACAGAGGGAGGUGGAGACCGAGGACCCCGGCUAGUCCUUUCCCCCCUACCGGCCCGCCCCCCGCAGUGGGGAGAGGUGGAGAACCGAUUGCUAGGAGCCUGUCGCUUUAAAUAUGCCCCAGGAUGAUGGAGCGGCAGGCAGCUGAGCUGCCCCCCAGUGACCCCCCGCGGGAUGCAGCCCCGGGGACCAGCAGCAGCGGUAGCGGAGGGGGGGGCGGCUCCGAUCCUGAGCCCGAGUCCGAGUCCCGCAUGGAACCGCAGCGGGCCCCCCCCCACCUCCUCCUCCUCAACGGCGUUGCCAAGGAGACCGGCCGUCCGGCCCCCGACCCCCCCGUCAUCGAGUUGGCCCCCCGCCGCGGCCCGGGGGGCGGCGCCCGGGACUUAAAGGGCCGCGACGCAGAGGCGCGCCAGAGGGUGCCCACCACGGAGCUGUGUCGGCCACCCGCCCCCGCCCCAGCCACGGCGCCUGCCCCCGUAGAGCCCCCCAGCGACGGCCGCAUGGUGCAGCUGAGCCCCAGCGCGCUCCCGGGACAGGCGGCCGCUGCCGCUGCGGGCAGAGCCAUGCUCUACGGCCUCGGGCAGCCGCUAGCCUCGCUCAGCAGCGGGUUUUUCGGGGAGCCAGACCCCUUCCCGGUGUUUACCAGCAACAAUCGCGUCAAGAGGAGACCCUCGCCCUACGAAGUGGAGAUCAAUGACGGCCCCCAUACCAAGGUUGUCCGGCGCAUCUUCACCAAUAGCCGGGAGCGGUGGAGGCAGCAAAACGUUAAUGGGGCAUUUGCUGAGCUCCGAAAACUUAUUCCCACCCAUCCACCGGAUAAGAAGCUGAGCAAAAAUGAGAUACUUCGUCUGGCUAUGAAAUACAUCAACUUCUUAGCCAAACUCCUCAAUGACCAAGAGGAGGAGGGCAGCCAGCGGGGCCGCGGGGCCAAGGACCCCGUGGGGACUGGCGGAGCUGGCAGCGGAGGCGGGACGGGACCCAGGGCUGGGCCAGCUACUGAUGACCUCCUCCACGAUGCUCUCUCACCCAACUCCAGCUGUGGCAGCUCCCUGGAUGGUGCUGCCAGCCCUGACAGCUACACUGAGGAUUCGGAGCCCAAGCAUCCAGCUCGAAGCCUGCACCCUGCCCUAUUGCCUGCCGAUGGCACUGGCCCACGGUGAUGGGCCAUGCCAAAGGGCAGCCCUCCUGUGGCUGGGAUGGCGCAGACUUGGGGUACAGCAUAGGGACAGUGGAUGGAGCAGGAUGCUGGGAGUAGGGGAAAUGGUCAGUUCAGAGGCUAGGAAAAGACUGGCCUGGAAGCAGAGGGGAUGAAUAAGAUGACCUUUCUUGGGCCUGGCUUAUCCGGCCUGAACCCUAUAUGUCACAUAUCAUGGGAAUUGUGUGCGUAUGGUCAGAGGCUGAAGUGAUGUCUUUGGUGAUUAUUUCCCUCCUGGAUCCUUGGACUUUGCCCCCUCUGGCCCUGGAGUUGGCAGCUCUAUGGACACAGCAUGGUUGGUAGUGUACAAGGAAGAAGAUUCAGCUCUCUCCCACUCUCCUGUAUCUCUGUGAACCUCUGGACACCUACCAGCCCCACCUGAUCCCCAGAACCAGGUCUAAGGACCCAGGAACACCCCCUAUGCCUGUCCUCCCCCAUAAUACUGAACCGUGCUUUCAGACCUUGGCCUUUGGGAUGGUCUAAACCCCAGUCAUCCAGGCUCAUGGCCUCCAUGGCUCUGCCAUGAUCACUUGAGGGCUAGAGGCAUGGUGGGGAGAGUGGAAAGUCAGCACUUUCCAGGUGGGAGCUCCUGAGCCCUCCUAUGGAAGGAAAGGUACCCAGUACUCGGUCCCACUCUGCCCUGGCCCUCCCGCCACAGCAGUCUGCACAUGCUCAGUGAUCACCCCGAGUUGUGAGCAGCCUCAAUGGCCAGUUGUCAUUGGAACACUCACGGAUGGCAUAAUCACAAUUUAUGCACAUUCACUAAUGCCUUCCCCAGUGGGGGGCAUGGAUAAUCCAAGACCCUGGAGAAAAAUGCACUUGCUUGGUUUGGGAAUGAAGCUGAUUGCUCCUCUCGUUCCUGGGUGCUAGCUUUUUGGCUGUAGACACUGUAGGAAUCCAAGCAGGUGGGUGAAGGGGUGAUCGAGGGAGCUGAGGACCCUUGAUUGAAAGUCAGGAGACCUGAGUUCUUGACCUAACUGUUCCUGACUUACUGUGUGGCCUUGGGGAAGUUCCUUCUCCUCUCUGGGCCUCAGAUGGGACUGACUGGGUGGUCUCUCCAAGCUCUCACCUUCCCAGAGUCUGCUCCCAGCUCUGCUGCUCACAAGCCCUGUGACCCUGCACAGAUCUCUAAUGGGGGCCUUAGCUUUGGUAGUCUUUAAAGGUCCUUUCAGCUCUGCUCUUCUCCAAUCCCAGGCUCCUGCACUGACUGGGGAUGAGACCUGGGGAACCUGGUCGUGUAUAAUGGAAUGCUGGACCUGAAGAGUCUGAGCUCUGUGUUCAAUGCCCUUCUGGACACCAAGUUCAUGGGUGUCCUUGAACAGGGAUGAGUACGGAUUGGCCUGGGAAUGGAUAGGGGCUCCCCUGAAUGAACUGAAACCUGGCCUAGCUUGAAGGCAAGACUCCAAGCUCUUCUACUCCUGGGAUACCUACAAACAGCCCUUGACGCUCCGGCACCUCACUUUAUGUGGCAGUCAUGCUCCUGAGAAAGUCACUUGUAAACCGAAGUUUUGUACAUCAGAUUCUGUUUUAAAGGACUCUUAGGGUGACCUCUUUUGUAAAGUGAAGAAUUCUUUUUGUAAAGUGAAUCAUCACUCCUUAAUUUGUCUCAUGUGUAAGACUGAAGGGUUGGACAUCAAGUUUGCAUGGAGUGAGGUCUGCCUAUAGCUAUGCUGGAGAAAGAGUUCCCCAGUAUUUGUAAGAAGACUCCAGUCCCCUUUCUGUCUCUCUUACUGGAGGCUUCUUUUUCAAUCAAAUGGAGACCGACUGCUUGGUGCUGUCUGAAAGCCUGGCCUUCCCUCUGCAGCAGGACUAGUGAGGGUCUUUGAACCCCGACCACAUCAUGACACUUUACCUGAUCUCUGACUGCAGGCAUUGAGAUCCAGCUUGUGUGUAGGGAGCUGAGCAGAUUACCUGUCUGUGGUCCAGCAGUGGCUGGCUUUGAUAGCACAGGGGCCUUUCUCUGUGCCUGAAGAGAGGCACUCCCUUUUGGGGGAGGGGGCAGGUAGCAAUAGCCUGACUUGGUAGGGGGCACUGAGGAUUUCUCAGUGUUUCUGUACCUGCUCUGAGCUCCCUGGACCCACGUCCCAUGACUCACCUUGAUCAUUUCCAUUUUACAACCUUCAAGGUUUGGUUGAUCCUUUGUAUCGAAUAGUUUCCAUUUUACUGAUGAAGAAACAGAGAUGAAAUUAUUUGUCCAUGGUCAUAUGUCAGUUGGAAGGUAGAAACACAGCCCCAGCCUCUCCUGGGGCUCCCAUUUUCUAUGCCUUGUAUUUAAUACCUUAUACCCUCCUUCCUGGUGGGCUCCUAUUUUAUAACACAAAACUGCUAUGGAAACCAGGAGAGAUCUAGAGAGUAGCUUGGGGCUUGGUGCCCAGUUUUCAACAAGACAGGUUGGCCAGCAAAAUGGGAGUGGGGGACACCUGGGCUUCCCAGUGAGAGCAAGAGAGCUUGGUCCUUGGUAAAUUGGAACCAUGUGGAUAGUUGGAUAUAGACCAGGGCUAUGGACCUGGUUCUAGUCCAUACUUCCCUUCUGAGUUGCUGUGUGACUUUUGGCAGGUUGCUUCUCCUUUCUGGGCCUCAGCGACAAAUGGGGCAGGUUUAGAAUCCCAUCUUCCUCCCAGGGCAGUCAUGAAGCUCAUUGUAGGCUAUGUAUGAAAAGCUACCAGGAAGAUUAAAGAUUAAAGAUAAGGGAGAGGAGGGUGUUACUAUGAGCAUCCUUCUCAAAAUGGGUUUUUUCCACUCUAGACACAUGCCCAUUGGCUUUUGCCAUAUCUCAAGCUCUCUAGGCAACAAUGAAGUCUCUCCUGCUCUCCACACAUGUACAUUAUCCAGAUAAUUUAGCCCUGAACUAGUUCUGUCUGAACUCUCUGGAUAAGUGAGGCCAUCAGACGUUGGUCAACAGAUACACUCGGACACCUUUGCUCUUUUAGGCUGAGGUACAUGUCUGUGUGUGCAGAGGGGAGUAGGAAGGGAAAAGGGGUUGUCAGAGAAUGAGUCAGGUUGGGGGAGCACAUAGGAAUAGAUCUACCAUAGGAUCAACCCAACUUGAUCUAGUGUGGGAAGGUAGCCAAGGCUUUAGCAGAGACUCAAAAAUCAUUUGGUAUUUCCUUUCCCCUAAAAGAAAUAAGAAAAUUUGAAGAAUAAGACUAAAACAAAUAGGAGAACAAUUCAAUUCCACUCAAGAAGCAUUCAUUAAGCACCUACCGUAUGUCUGGCACUGUGUCAGCUGCUGGGAAUACAGACAAAAACAGAAACAACAAACCAGUGCCUGCCCUCAAGGAGCUUAAAUUCUAUUGUGGGAAAAUAGAACUGAAAAUACAAAAGAGGUCAGCAUAAAUAACAUUCUAAGGAUAAUGGCAAAGAAUGUCAUGAUAGAAAACAUUCUGAGAACAAAGGCCAAUGUGAUAAGUUGGGGAAAUUGCCUAUUUUUUCACUCAUAUUCUCUCUUUUUCUGUGUGUAUGUGUGUAGCUGAAAGACAUGAUGGUACAAUCUUCGUAAAUUUCUCCAAACAAGACCAAACCCAGUGUCUGUAGCCCAGCAGCUACAUUUCAUCUCCAGUUUUGGGAGUGGGUCUAGUUGUACUUGUUUUCAAUGGUACCUGGCCCCCUGGGAACCCAGAUCUCCUCUGGUCCCUGCCCUAUGUCUGUGUACGUAUGUGGCUCCCCACAUUUUCCAGGGGCAGCCCCUUGGGUCCAUGUACUGUAGGGGAUGAUUUUGGCUGGUCUCUGCAGAGGAUGCUCUUGCAGAGAGGGAGUAACCACCCUUGGUACCGUUGCCUUGGAGGACCACCGAGGCGAGCGCUGGGGAGUGCUACUCUGGGAGAGAAAAGGCCUUUUGGUGGUGACGAGUGUGCUUGCACUUGUGUGUGCAUGAAUGUGCAUGUGUGUGUGUGUGUGUGUGUGUGUGUGCGCGCGCGUGUGUGUGCGUGUGUGUGCACAUGCAAGCAUAUAUGUAUGAGGAGUAUAUUGGGGAAUGAGAUUUCUAAAUAAAAGUUUUACAGAGUGGCUA